AUGCCACCAGAGCAAAGCGGCGGCAACGCAAGCAAAAACAAAGACAAAGACGAACCGCAUGGGAAGUCGCGUCCUGACGGACGACAUCCCGAAGAGCCAAAGCCUCAGCCUAAGAGGAGCGACUUGGCUCCGCCAUUACUACUUCUCGACGACUUUGCAAGCGACCUGUCGGCGGAACUGCGAAAGCAGACGUUCUUCGACGUCAUCAGGGGUAGAAGCUCGAAGACGCAGUUGCCGGAUACCAUUCGCCAAAUCAGCCUGUCCGAAUUGUCUGGCACGUUCUCAGCAGAGCAGCAUCUGGCUGUGAGUAACGCGUCUCCCAUCGGCACUUAUGCUCCUGCAUUCGUCGAGAAGGUUCACAACCUCGACUUUGCCGAUUGCAAAAGCGAGGGCACAAUCAAGAAGGAGCAGAUCCUCUUCAAUCGAUUCAUUGCGGCCAUUGCGAACAAAGUAUUGUUCGAGUUCCGAGAACCAAGCUACUUGCACGCUUUUGGAGACGUCCUGAUCCAGUGGCUAAGGCAUGAGAAGAACCUGUGCACCAAGUUGCAUCUUCGCCUUCACGUCUUCUACGACGCAGAGGACUGGCGGAGCAUGAGUGUGUACGAGAAAACAGAUGGCAUGCCGCAUGGAUACUACCAACGAGCCGGACCUCAUCUUAAAGGCUGGGUCAAAGCUCUUGAAGCAGUCAUCGAAGCGGCCAAAAUCUGCCGCAUUGAGGUCAAAGUCGACCUCAUAUUUCAUCGCCCCUUCCACAACUACCUCGCUAUCCGAGCACAUUGCAACUUCGUAUUCAGACAGGAGGAAAUCGGAGACAAUGGAAGCAGAAUCGAGCUGAACAUGCUCUGCGUCGACACUGCAGCGUGGUCGGAAGUCCUGCUACAUCCUCAAGCUGAGGACAUCAAGGAUUACUACACUUUGCUUGCAUGCUCGGUGUUUGGCAAGAAGCUGCCUCAGCCCGUGACGGAGCGGCUCGUGGGCGACUUCGAGAGGUUGAAGAUGCUUAUUGCAUUUGGGUGCAUCGGCAUACGCGAGUAUCCGGGAGGGAAUCCGUCUAUUCAGCCUGUCUGA